CGGCGGGAGGGGACGGGGCCUCUCUCUAUGGUUGCUGAGGCCCCGCCCCCAACGCUUGGCUUCCUGCCGGUGGCGGAACCUCCUGUCGCCAUGGAGACGGCGUCGGGGCUGGAGGGAGCCGCCCUGGGGCCUGCUCCGUAAGCGAACCCCGCGCAGGGAAGAUGGCCUCCAAGGACGGCAGCGUUUCCGCGAACGAGACGGAUGAGGACGAAGACGAGGAAGGGGCUCAGUCAGAGGAGUCUUCCCGGGGAAGCGCUGCAGGGUGCAGUGGGGAAAGUAAAACGGCGCUUGCGGACAGCGGUCCUCAGCAGGGGGCCUUGGAGCCAAGGGACGCGGGCGAGCUCGGCUGGGGGCGGACAGCUCUGCCGGCGUCCCUGCUUGGCCCAGAAAGACAAGUGGCAGAGCACUGCGUCGUGGGGACCGAGCUGAGAAAGAGAAAGAAAAGAGUAAGGGUGCUCUCUAUCAACCUGACCAACUGCAAGUACGAGAGUGUGCGGCGCGCAGCCCGGCGCUGUGGCCUGAAGGAAGUGGGGGACGAUGAGGAGUGGACAGUGUACUGGACCGACUGCUCAGUCUCCCUGGAGCGCGUCAUGGAAAUGAAGAGGUUCCAGAAAAUCAAUCAUUUCCCGGGCAUGACGGAGAUCUGCCGGAAGGACCUGCUGGCCCGGAACCUCAGCCGCAUGCUCAAGCUCUUCCCCAAGGAGUACAGCAUCUUCCCCCGCACCUGGUGCCUGCCAGCCGACUAUGGGGAUUUCCAGGCGUAUAGUCGCACAAGGAAGAACAGGACAUACAUCUGCAAGCCAGACAGCGGCUGCCAGGGGAGAGGCAUCUUCAUCACCUGCAGCCCCAAGGAGAUCCAGCACGGGGAGCACAUGAUCUGCCAGCAGUACAUAGCCAAGCCCUUCCUCGUUGAUGGCUUCAAGUUUGACAUGCGGAUCUACGUCCUGGUCACAUCCUGUGACCCCCUGAAGAUUUUUGUCUACAAGGAGGGGCUGGCCCGGUUUGCCACCAUGAGGUACAUCGAGCCCAGCAGCAGCAACCUGGGUGACAUCUGCAUGCACCUGACCAAUUAUGCCAUCAACAAGCACAACGAGAACUUUGUCCGGGACGACACAACUGGCAGCAAGAGGAAGCUGUCCACUCUGAAUACUUGGAUGGAGAACAACAGCUAUGACACGGCUGGGCUGUGGGAAGACAUCGAGGACAUCAUUAUCAAGACCCUGAUCUCGGCCCACCCGGUCCUGAAGCACAACUACCGCAGCUGCUUCCCGAACCACACUACCAGCUGCGCCUGCUUUGAGAUCCUGGGCUUUGACAUCCUGCUGGACAGGAAGCUGAAGCCCUGGCUGCUGGAGGUGAACCACUCGCCGAGCUUCACCACAGACUCGCGUCUGGACCGUGAGGUGAAGGAUGCAAUGUUGUGCGAUGCCAUCACCCUCAUCAACCUGCGCGCCUCCUGCGACAAGCGCAAGGUGCUGGAGGAAGACAAGCGGCGGGUGAAGCAGCGCCUCCUGCAGGCCCACGCGCCGCCCCGGGAGGCCAGGCGUGAGCAGCUGGAGAGCAGCCAGGCUGCAUGGCUGGCCCAGGAGGAGAAGUACGAGAGCUCACACCUGGGAGGCUACCGGCGCAUUUACCCAGGACGUGGGAUGGACAAGUACGAGCCCUUCUUCAAGCAAAGCAGCUCCCUCUUCCAAGAGACAGCAGCCUCCAGGGCCAGGGAGGAGUGUGCCAGGCAGCAGCUGGAGGGGAUCCGAGUGAAGCAGGAGCAGCGAGAAGCUGUCACUAAGAAAGGGAAGGACAGAAAAGAGCAGCUGCAGGGGGAGACAGCUGGGGAGAAACCCCGGCCCGCCGAUAGAGCCAGGGCCCUGCCCACCCACAUCUUCCACAGUGCCAAGGGCUGUGGUGGAAAGGCUCCGCAGGUGCAGCUUGACUCCAUGCAGCCCCAGGACAUCAUAGCCCAUGAGGAGACAGAGAGGGUCAGGGCUCUCCUGCGCCGUGAGCACCUCAUCCGGGGCCUGGGCAUCGUGGACCAGCUCUCCCAGCUGCUCCUCAGCAGCGAGCCUGGGCCCCUGGACAUCCUCGGGCCCGUCGGUGUUGCUGAGAGCCAGCCGCCCUUCCUCUCGGACACACUUCGGAACCACAAGCCCCAGAGCUUAAUGACCCUCAUCCCCCUCUCGCUGCUGGGCAGGGCAGGCCGGUACCUGGGGCAGCUGCCUGCAGCCAGGGUCCAGCUGCUGGCCAGUCAAGGCUACACUCCCAGCCUCCCGGGCCCUCUGCCAGGCGCGGGCCAGGCCCUGCCCUACCGCACGCUGGUCAGGCUGCAGCACUCCCCCCCGCCACAGAGGAGUGCGGGCUGGCUGGGGGGCCACGUGACGAGGACGGCAGCAGGGCCUGAGCCCCAUGCACCCGCCAGCAUGGCGAAGGCGGGCGGGCAGAGGUUCUUCAGCGCCAGAGACCAGGCACGAGGCCAGGGCCCCGUGGCCAGGCGGCCCCUGCUCGCUGGUGCUGGCUAUCCCAGCUCCCUGAGCUGCCUGCCUCACGCCCGGCGAGCCCCGCGCCAGACAUGCAGCGACUACACGUUCCCCUCGGUGACAGCGCCCCUCUACCAUGAGGCCGCCCGGGACCUUGCCCUCACCUCCGCCUCCGCCCCCCUGGUGCAGCACACAGACGCCUCGCGCCGCUCCAACGCCACGGCUGUCCUCAGCCUGCCCCGCCGGAAGUGGACCUGAGCCUGCAGCCUGACGGGCCUGGGGCCGCAGCCGCCGGGCAGAGCUUGUGCGGGGCCAGGG